AUGUCUCUUAGCAGUUCUAGCUCCUUGGGCCCGAUGGAGGAUUCCACAGUGCAUUUGGACCGACGAGAAAACCGUGGCGCGGUCAAUGGCCUGGUUCUGCUUACGUCCGUGCUGAUCUCAUUUGCUAUCAAGAACCACCUUCAUGUGUCCCUUACCAAUCCGUUCAGCGUCAACCUUCUUAUUUUGUGCUCGGUGGGGAGUUUACUAUACCUCUACUAUCAGAGUUUACCGCUGGAUAGUGGGCGAUUGGCACACAAGAUUGGCGCGCUGCUCACCAAAUUGGGGCGGGUAUUCUCCCUUGUCAGACUUGGCAUCCUACAUAUUGUCAUGUUGAUCUUAGUGGUGAGCGCGCUUAUUUGCAAUGAGACGCGAUUUCUGUAUUUCUUGUUACCGCUAGUUAUCGUGUGGGUGGUGGACAUGGACCCCACCGAAGUUCAGCGGGGAGAAAUUUCUUCCGUCAUGGAGCUCCGAUUACAGGACAUUGAGACCGAAAUUAACAGUCUCAAACUCGGAUUUCUCCGCAGACAGCAUACUGCCAGCAUUCAGGAUCGAUCAUUGGAAUACGGGCUAGAAAAACUCCAGCAGGACUGGGAGAUCAAGCUGCGCAACAGCAACGCCCAGAUCGUUAAGCUACAAGCCCAGAUUGGCGAUCUCAAGAAACAAUCGGUACCCACCUCAAAUGGAUGGAUUUACAAAGGUACAAAAGUAGUCAUGAAAUCCAUCAUGUCCAAAAACCAGAUCAACGCGCUUAGAUACGUUCGUCAGCUGCUACGUGAAUCCGAGAGAUAA